UCAGACUGUGUGGGAUGGUGCCGGACCAUCGUAUUUCUCUUACAGUCUGAGGUUCCUCAGGAUGAGAGAUGGUGCCGUCAUUCCAACAGAUAAGAAGUUUUUCUGUGCUGAGUGUGGGAAGUGUUUCAAUUUGAAAUCCGAUCUUAGAGCACAUAAAAAAUCUCACAUAGGUGAGAAGCCGCAUUCCUGUCCUGAGUGCGGGAAAUGUUUCCGUUUAAAAUCUAGAUUUAUUGAGCAUAAAAAAUCUCACUCAGCUGAGAAGCCGUACUGUCCUGAGUGUGGGAAAUUCUUCUUAACAAAGUCCCAUCUUUCCUUACAUCACAGAUCUCACACAGGGGAAAAGCCAUUUUCCUGCCCUGAAUGCGGGAGAUGUUUUCGAGCGAGGUCCAAUCUUUACAUACAUUGGAGGUGUCACACUGGUGAGAAGCCAUAUUCCUGUCCUAAUUGCGGGAAAUGUUUUUCACAGAAGUCCAGUCUUAACACACAUCAGAGAUCUCACACGGGGGAAAAGCCGUAUUCCUGUCUUGAGUGCGGGAAAUGUUUUUCAUACAAGUACAUGCUUUCCAGCCAUCAGACAUUGCAUACGGGGGAGAAGCCGUAUUCUUGUCCUGAGUGCGGGAAAUGUUUUUCACUGAAGUCCCACCUUUCCAGACAUCAG